AAACCAUUUCUUUCCGAACAAGAAAAGAAGGAAAAUUAGCUUUGCCUCUCAUAUAAAGACCCAGAAACUGCUUCAAUAAUUUCAGAUCCCAAUUUAAUCGAAACAUUUUCUUUUGCUGUUUAUCAAAUUCUCUCUAUCUCUCGACCAUGUCUAACCAACCCGAAUCAUCCGACUCGAAGGGAACAAAAAGGGAUUUUAGUACUGCGAUUUUAGAGCGAAAGAAGUCACCAAAUCGGCUUGUUGUUGAUGAAGCUAUUAAUGAUGAUAACUCUGUUGUUUCUCUUCAUCCUGAAACUAUGGAGAAGCUCCAGCUCUUUCGUGGUGACACGAUCUUGAUUAAGGGAAAGAAAAGGAAGGAUACUAUCUGCAUUGCCCUUGCCGAUGGCUCUUGUGACGAGCCAAAGAUCAGGAUGAACAAGGUUGUGAGGUCAAACCUGAGAGUUAGGCUUGGAGAUGUUGUCUCUGUGCACCAAUGUCCUGAUGUCAAAUAUGGAAAGCGUGUGCACAUACUCCCUAUUGAUGACACAAUUGAAGGAGUCACUGGAAAUCUGUUCGAUGCAUACUUGAAACCUUAUUUCCUCGAGGCGUAUCGCCCAGUCAGGAAGGGUGAUCUCUUCCUCGUGAGGGGAGGAAUGAGAAGCGUGGAAUUCAAGGUUAUUGAGACCGACCCUGCAGAGUACUGUGUGGUCGCCCCUGACACUGAGAUUUUCUGUGAGGGUGAGCCUGUGAGGAGAGAAGAUGAGAAUAGAUUAGAUGAAGUUGGCUAUGAUGAUGUUGGUGGUGUUAGAAAACAGAUGGCUCAGAUUAGGGAGCUGGUGGAGCUUCCACUGAGGCAUCCACAGCUAUUCAAAUCAAUUGGUGUUAAGCCACCAAAAGGAAUUUUGCUUUAUGGACCUCCUGGUUCUGGGAAGACUCUUAUUGCCCGGGCUGUUGCCAAUGAAACUGGUGCUUUCUUCUUCUGUAUUAAUGGACCUGAGAUCAUGUCAAAAUUGGCUGGGGAGAGUGAAAGCAAUCUUAGAAAAGCUUUUGAGGAAGCAGAGAAAAAUGCACCAUCCAUCAUUUUUAUUGAUGAGAUUGAUUCAAUUGCUCCCAAGAGAGAGAAGACACAUGGAGAGGUGGAGAGGAGGAUAGUCUCCCAGCUAUUAACACUUAUGGAUGGACUUAAAUCCCGUGCGCAUGUUAUUGUCAUUGGGGCCACAAAUCGCCCCAACAGCAUUGACUCUGCUUUGAGAAGGUUUGGCAGAUUUGAUAGGGAAAUUGACAUUGGUGUACCAGACGAAGUUGGGCGACUUGAAGUUCUCAGAAUCCAUACGAAGAACAUGAAGCUUGCAGAAGAUGUUGAUUUGGAAAGAAUUUCCAAAGACACACAUGGUUAUGUUGGUGCUGAUUUGGCAGCUCUGUGCACUGAGGCUGCACUUCAAUGCAUCAGGGAGAAGAUGGAUGUGAUCGACUUAGAAGAUGAAUCAAUAGAUGCUGAGAUACUUAACUCUAUGGCAGUGAGUAAUGAACACUUCCAAACUGCACUUGGAACAAGUAACCCAUCUGCUCUGCGCGAAACAGUUGUUGAAGUGCCCAAUGUGAGUUGGGAAGAUAUUGGAGGCCUUGAGAAUGUUAAGAGGGAGCUUCAAGAGACUGUUCAAUAUCCAGUGGAGCACCCUGAGAAAUUCGAGAAAUUCGGAAUGUCACCCUCUAAGGGAGUUCUUUUCUAUGGCCCUCCUGGAUGUGGGAAAACUCUUCUGGCUAAAGCUAUUGCCAAUGAGUGCCAGGCAAAUUUCAUCAGUGUGAAGGGUCCUGAAUUGCUUACAAUGUGGUUCGGUGAGAGUGAAGCCAACGUCCGAGAAAUUUUUGACAAGGCUCGACAAUCUGCUCCUUGUGUUCUCUUCUUUGAUGAACUUGACUCAAUUGCCACUCAGAGAGGGAGCAGUGUAGGAGACGCUGGGGGUGCUGCUGAUAGGGUUUUGAACCAGCUUUUGACAGAAAUGGACGGCAUGUCUGCAAAAAAAACUGUUUUCAUAAUCGGUGCCACUAAUAGACCUGAUAUCAUAGAUCCUGCACUCCUGCGUCCUGGCCGUCUGGAUCAGUUGAUUUACAUCCCUCUUCCUGAUGAGGAUUCACGCCACCAAAUUUUCAAGGCUUGCUUGAGGAAAUCACCAGUCUCCAAAGAUGUUGACCUCAGAGCACUUGCCAAGUACACUCAGGGCUUUAGUGGUGCUGAUAUCACUGAAAUAUGCCAGCGUGCUUGCAAGUAUGCUAUAAGAGAGAACAUUGAAAAGGACAUUGAGAGGGAGAGGAGGCAAAGGGAUAAUCCAGAAGCUAUGGAAGAAGAUGUUGAGGAUGAUGUGGCAGAGAUCAAGGCAGCACAUUUCGAGGAGUCGAUGAAGUAUGCCCGCAGGAGUGUGAGUGAUGCGGACAUUCGCAAAUACCAGGCAUUUGCUCAGACUUUGCAACAAUCAAGAGGCUUUGGAUCAGAAUUCAGGUUUUCUGAAUCUACUGGCGGAGCUGCUGGAGCUGAUCCUUUUGCAGCUUCGGCAGGUGGGGCUGAUGACGACGAUCUAUACAAUUAGACAGUUAUUUUCAAACACGUGCAUAUGUCAUUUAUGUUGGCCCUGUAUGUGUAUUUUUUUACAUCCAUACAUGUAGUUUUAAGAAUGCAUGGUUAAUUUUAUUUCUGCCCAAGUUAGUCUUGGGUUUUUGCCUGUGGAAGACACUGGCUAUCCUUAAAAGUUGAUAGAACAGAUUCAGCUAUUGGUUAGUAUGGAUGACCUUUGAAAUUCAGAACAUUCCUCUUUUUAAA